AUCACUAAUACUACUACUUCUAAGCGAGAACACACUGAAAACAUUGUGAAGAAGAUGAUGAUGAUGCAGUCCCGAUUAUUAGCGUUUGCUUCAGCGGCGCGUUCCCGCGUCCGACCAGUCGUUCAAAGGAGUUUAGCGUUUGGAUCAUCAACGUCCGGCCGAACUGCUGACCCGGAGCUUCAUUCCGGAAACGAUGGGGGUGAUCCAGCUGUUUAUCCAAGAGACCCUGAAGGUAUGGAUGAUGUAGCGAACCCUAAGACGGCGGCAGAAGAAAUCGUCGAUGAACAACCACGGUCAAGUUUAGAAGAGCAACCGCUUAACCCGCCAAAAUCUCCACGCGCCACCGCACACAAGCUAGAGAGCACUCCAGUGGGUCGUCCUUCCGAGCCUAACUUCCAACAGAAGCGGAGAAGAAGCACCGAGGCCUCUCCACCUUCACUUGAUUCUGCGAGCUGCGUCAGCUUAGACGAAGGAGAAGAGGAGGAGCGAAGGCGGAGAGAGAACGAAACAGAGAGCGACAAAGAGUAUUACGCACACCACAAAGCGUCUCCGUUGUCCGAGAUUGAGUUUGCAGAUACUAGGAAGCCAAUCACGCAAGCUACGGAUGGAACAGCGUAUGCGGCGGGGAAAGAUGUGAUCGGAUGGUUGCCGGAGCAGCUUGACACGGCGGAGGAGGCUUUACAAAGAGCUACUAUGAUAUUUAAACGUAACGCAGAGCGCGGGGAUCCUGAAACGUUUCCUCAUUCUAGAAUCUUGAGAGAAAUGAGAGGCGAAUGGUUCUAAACUAAACAAAUAAUAAUAAAUGUUUUGUCUGAAUAAAACUUGUCAUGUUUCUCUGAA